AUGCCAUGCCGAGUGGGAUUUUCGACCACUUUUGUCGAAACUUUGAUUCAGGAACUGUUGACCAUGGUGAAGAUCGAAUUGACGGCCUGUGCGGAAUGUGGAUUUCAGACAACAGAGUCGGAUGAGCUCUGGGUUCAUGUACAGAUGCACGAGAGCGGAUUGGUAAGCCGGAUUUCCACGGGUUGCUGCAAAAUUUCGCAAAUUUUCCGACCAGUGAAAAGUUGACACAUUCGGGACAGUUGAGUCAAGUGUUCCACGACAUUAUUCUUGCGCUGUAAACUCCGAAAUAAUUUCAGUUCGACCUAUUGGAAAGUUGUCGUGACAAUGCCGUACCGGUACCGGAAAACGGUGCUCCAAAGGCCGCCGAAUUCGUGUGUGAAACAUGUGGAAAGUCGAUGACUUCAAGAGGAAACCUCGAGCGCCACAAACGAAGGCACAAUCAAGCGCUGUCGUCCAAGGAAUACGAAUGCCCCAUGUGUCAGAAGAAGUUCAUUAGGAAGGACCAGGUAGCUUUUAACUACUUUUUGUUUUCAUUUUCAGAAAGGUCGAUUUUGAUGCCUAAAACAAUAUAACAAUCUCAAUUUAAGCGCCGUGAUCACGUCCAAAGACAUAUGAGGAAUGCCAGAGACAUUUAUUGCCCGAUAUGCCCUGAGAAGUUCGAGAAUUACGAGGCUGUGUUGAGCCAUAUCGAAGUCCACGGCAAAGUUCACGAAUGCCGCCUUUGCCACACUAAUUCUUACGUCAAAACGCCCAGUUUAAUUGCGCAUUUCUACGCGGAACACUACGACACGAUUGAUAAUGUGAGUUGACGUCAUUAUGAAUUUAUUUUACCUGUUCAUUUUUUAAUAAUUACCUUAUUUUAGGUCAAAAAGAGGGUUCCCGAAUCGGUAGAGGAGCCAAGUUCUGAAGAGGAAAAACAAGAAAAGGCUGAUGUAGAAUCCUCUCAGACCACAGAACCUCAAGAACCCGAUGCUUCUGUUAGCAAAUUACUCGCUGAAAUUUUCCCCAAAGGCGAUUAA